UCACCAGUCCCUUGCCCAGCCGAUCGAAACGUGAGAGAACAGAAAAAGUGUUUCGUUCUGUAGCUUUAUUUAUUCCGAUCAACUCUUCAUUUUUUUCACUGAUUUGGCAAUAACUUGGUGGGUAGUAUGUCGGAAGGUGGGGGCGACAGCAGGAGAUACCCUCGCAGUCUAGAGGGUGUCCUCCAACUGUCUGUUGCCGCCGGCGGGGGCGAGACACCGAGCGAAAAUGUGGCGAGUGAGAUGUCAGAAGAGAGAAGAGAGUUUUUGGCAGGAGCCCUGUCUUCUCUGAGUGAGAAUAGUGAACUUGAGAAAAUGAAGCAGUGUGUGAAGGUCCUCUCACAACCAAGCAGUGAUAAUGAUGAGGAUGAGGACAAGAUAACUGAGAAAAAACAUGCUCUAGAAAUACUUGCUUCCCUGGCAGACAUUAUCGACAAUGCUAAUGACCUUCACAAGAUUGGGGGUUUUCCUGUCUUUGCUGAAUACCUCAAAAAUAACAACAGUGAGCUAAGAUGGAGGGCUGCUGAUUUGGUGGCAACUGUUGGUCAGAAUAACCCGUAUAGCCAGGCAGUCCUGGUCCAGAUGGGAAUAGUCCAGACACUGCUAAAGCUUAUUGAUGCAGACUCUUGCGAGAAAACCAGAAUAAAAGCAAUGUAUGCCCUGUCAUGUAUGACCAGGGGAUUCCCAGCAGCGGAGGCUGUGUUUUUGAAGCAUGAUGGACUCUCUGUACUGAUGAGGGCCAUGCACUCAGACACUGAGAAACUCAAAUUAAAGGCUACUUUUAUGAUGAGGCACUUCUUGCUGGCAGAUUCAGUAGACAAAGACAUAUUUGUCAACAUGGGUAUGGUGGAACAGUUUGUAAGCCUUCUGCAAGAGGUUAAGGAUGACUUUAAAGAACAUGUCACUGAAGCCUUGUUACUUCUUGCCAAGAGAAGUCAGCAUGCAAUAUCAGAAUGCAGAAGAGAGGAGCUUGCUCUUAAGGCUGCUAUAGAAGCGAGAAGGCAAGCUUUAGUUGCUGACAGAGAUGGAAAUCAGGAUGAAAUAGAAAACUGUGAUGAACUCUUGAAGUUAUGUUUUGCUGAGCAGCCUGCUGACAUUGAGGACAGAUGACACCCAAACUGAUCUGAUAGAGAAUACUUUGGCUAAAUGCCAAUAGCCUUACCGCUUAUUGGGGAUGGGGCCAUGUCCCCCCCCCCCCCCAAAUAUCAAAAUAUGUUUUCCUGCAAAAGUUGUCGGACCUCUAUGAACAGUGUUUCAGGCCAAAAAUAUUCAUUCUUUAUAGUGCUCAUCUAGUAAAUAAGCCAAAAAGGGUAUCAAUUUUUGGCAUUGGUUAACUCAGUAAAAUAUCAAAAGAAAAGAAGCUUUUGGAGAGAUUCUUGUCCAAAGUGUGACAUCUCUAGUCCGUCAAAAUCUACCCCGGGUACCAGAGCCAGGUACCAGGGACUCCAAACUUACUACCAAAGGGCUAGUCGUCGAUUCCUGGAUCUUUUGUAGUGAAGCUUUGAGUCUCUCUGUACCCAGGUUAGAUUUUGACGGUCUACCUUCCUCUAAUAGCAUUUUGUGGUGGCCUCUGGUUUCUUCUCAAAGAAAAAAAAAGGACUAGCAACUAAGAUAUUAAAAUAUGGUAAUACUUGAUCAUUGCGGUCAGAGAGCGAAGUCAGGUUUGAUUGUGCAAUAAUAAGUUACUUUGUACACGAUAUACCAUAAGACUUACAAACAAUUUUGUAUUUCAUACUGAUAAUGCAGUGGUACUGUAGAUUAUGUGGAUAUGUACAUGCCGCUCAAAUAAAGUUCUUGAAAGAA